GGGGGGGGAGGAGCGGCGACAAGAGCCAUACAGAGCAGACCGUGACACCACCUGCGUCUCCUCGCCCUGAACCAAGACGUGGACGGACAUGCAGUCCCGCUGAAGGAAAAGCGACACCAAGGAGGACGCGCCACCCACGUAGUCGCCCCCCACGAACUCCGUCGAAUCCUGUUAAUGGUAGCAGCGGGGGGGGGUCUACGGCUACUUGUCAACGGGGAGGCGGCCUGGGCACCGCUUCCCCAGAGGCUACACCCGCAAGUACGCCUGGCGUCGCAACUAAGCGAGUGGCGGGAUCCGGCGCGCGUGGCCGAGAUCCGGGAAGCCGUACAGGAUCCGGUAGGAAACGCAGAAAGAGACGGACGCUGGGGCAGAGGCGGCAAGCCGUCUUUGAGGGGAGGAUGGCAGACGAGGAGUACAGUGAGCAGCAAAAGGAGGCGAGGCAACAUGCUAAGGUCCGCAGAGAGCGAGAGAUUGCCGAAGCUGAACGUGAGAAGUUGGAGUCUGGAGGCAAGCGGACAGUUGAAUUCCGGCGUCGAAGUUGCGGUGGAAAGCUUGGAACAGCUGGCUCUCGCUCCGUCAAGCGGAGUGCAGCGCGAAGACAGUCUGAUCCUGGAGUUAGGAAUACUCAGAUCGGAGCCGAGAAAAAAACACGCAAGAAACCUUGUAGGCGUGCGGAGUGCGGUUGGUUCACAAACAACCCGGGUCUCGAAUGCAGCAUGUGCCCCUCAGGCGUAGUGCACGCCGUCAGUGACAAGCUAUGCUCCGCAUGCCAUAGGUCGGAGGGCUUAGCUGGCUUCACGCACCUCAGAGGGCCACGGCUUGAACGAGCGACACGGUUGUUUUUGGCCGAGUACCAAGAAGGAGAGGGGGAGCUGCCUCUACCUCUCGUGCGAGGAUUUUGUCCCAGCAACGACUGCAUUUGCCAACGCCGAGAUUGUUUCUACGGUUUUCUUCUCGAGAGGGAAGCAAAGCCGGAGCUCCGAACAUGUAGCGUGUGCAAGAGAGGGUACCCUGUGAAGGACCAGAAGAGGUGGUACAGUGUGGACGUCGUGGACGAUAACAUAACGGAGGGUGGUGGAUCAGGACGCACACAAGCUUGGUACUGCCAGGCCUGCAAUCAAGCUCGAAUCCGGGCCAUCGGAGAAGCUACUCAAAAAAAGGUUGCGGCAUCGAGCAACUCGGGCCGACCUAAAGCCGAUGAACCGGCGCCGGAGAAGCCGUUCAGCCGGGUGCGCGCGUUGGUGAUUAAAGCCGUAGCUCGCGGGGACAUCCUUUACUGGGAGGAUGUGUUCGACUGGCUCUCAGCUGAGCGCGCAAAGGAUGGUGACCAAGAACUUGAGCGUAGGAGCGGGCGGAAGGCCGUGCGCCAGAUGUUCGAGAGCAUCGCGAGCGCUGAUGGGAGCCAAGCGCGGGUGGUCAGCAGCGAGGGGGGCUUUGGAGACGGGCGCCAACGACUACUGUGUCUCUUCCCGGUCAACGCUCGGGACGAGGUUAUCGCAUCCCUCGCCCUACGGGCGCGCCUGGCGAACACGUUCGAUGGUCCGAGCACGCCCGCAAACGCCACGUCCGGUGGAAAUACGUCCCUGCAGAUAGUGAGGCGUCUUCUCGAAGAAGCGAAAGAGGCAGACGCGAGGAUGGAGAUCGUGCGUGCGGCGGCGGAAAUUGUUCGGGCCGAUGUCGAUCAGCAUCCAGAUCUCAAGAAUGCCCGCAUCCGACGGCAAAAGCACAAGUACAGCGUGGAGUUGGCCGCACCCGUGAAACCAGUGCGAGAUGCCCUAGCUGAGAUGCCCCCGACAUUGGUUGGACUCUUCCAAGACGGUCCACAGCCAAGCGCAGCGGGGAGUGUACGGCGAGAGGAUGAUGGGAGCGAUGGAGCCGACGCGCUUGAAGGAGCCGCCUGUGAGCGGCAAGCCCCCACUCGCGAUGCCACCCGGGCAGAAGAGGUGGAUUCUUCUGGGGCAACUUCCGAGGCAGCUGUCAUUUCCAUCGAAAAAACCAACCAGGAUAGGCGAGGCUUCGCACGGCGUUUGUACAUGCUUUGCAAGUGCACGGUGAAGGCGAUUUUUCCUGGUCGACACUUGACAGCGGCGGACAUCAAAGGUGCUCAGUGGGCGAAGUCAAAGGGGAACUGCCGGCAGGUGAUCGACUUUCUAGCAGGGCACGGCUUGUGGGCUACGACUUCACAAGUGCAGCAUCGAGAGGACUAUCAUGCGAAGGUCGUUGAGGACAAGGACAUUCUCCCCAAGGGGGCCCAAUGCGCGGCGAUUGCAAACGACAACACGACCUGCGGGUCGGUGAUCGACUUUCUAGCAGGGCACGGCUUGUGGGCUACGACUUCACAAGUGCAGCAUCGAGAGGACUAUCAUGCGAAGGUCGUUGAGGACAAGGACAUUUUCCCCAAGGGGGCCCAAUGCGCGGCGAUUGCAAACCACAACUGCGAUCACGACCCGCGGGUCGGUGAGCGCCAGGGGGAAGGACCGCAUGUUUUGUUCAUAGCCGCAACAGCUGUGACGGUGGGGGACGAUGUGGGUAGGAUGCAAGACGCCGCUUCGCUCAGGAGACGCACAUCUCUUACGGUGGAUCAGAUUACAAAAGGGCUGGACCAAGAGGAGGGAGACCGGCGGUUCAAGGAUUUCGAGCGGACACUUCGCCGCGCCGCCGUCGACAAUGUGCUGAGCAGCUCAAGUGAGGAUAGCCCUUGGACAUGCGUCGAAUCUUAACUCCGCAAG